AUGGAUAUGUCAUUCCGAAAGUUCUGUCUUCCGAAACCCAACACGCCAUUUCAUCGCCUGCAGCUCCUGUCUGACUUGAGUCAGUGGGUUCUGGGCAUCAAGAAGCAUGAGGUCUCUCAGGAGAUUAUGAGACCCUCCGGGGUCUCCUGCACCCAUGGCAACAUCAAUGAGGACUCAACCUAUGUCCUCAGAGCAUGGAAUGCAUCUUGCAGAAGCUGGCUGGACGCCAAGGCUUCCCUGGAAAGUUUCUACCUCCCCAUUUUCUACGGGAUCGAGUUUGUGGGGGGCAUCCUGGGGAACACAGUGGUGGUCUUUGGCUACAUCUUCUGUCUGAAGACGUGGAGCAGCAGCAACAUCUACCUCUUCAACCUGGCCAUCUCCGACCUGGCCUUCCUGUGCACCCUGCCCCUGCUAAUCCGCACCUACGCCCUGAGCGAGUGGGCCUACGGGGACGUGCUGUGCCUGCUGAACCGCUACCUGCUCCACGCCAACCUCUACACCAGCAUCCUCUUCCUGGCCCUGGUCAGCGUCGACCGCUACCUGCUCAUGCAGCACCCCUUUCGGAACCACUGCCUGCAGAGGAGGGCCUGGGCCGUGCUGCUCUCCCUGGGCGUCUGGGCACUGGUCACCCUGGAGCUGCUGCCCAUCCUCUCCCUCAUCCGCCCGGCAGGGAACAGCACCGGCUGCAUCGACUACGCCAGCUCAGGGGACGCCUACUCCAACCUUCUGUACAGCCUGUGCCUGACGGGCCUGGGCUUCCUCGUGCCCUUGGGCGUCAUGUGUGGCUCCUACCUGAAGAUCCUCUUCUUCCUGAGGCGCAGGACCCGCCGGCUGGCCUCGGCGCUGCCCCUGGAGAAGCCGCUGCGCCUGGUGGUCCUGGGCGUGACCAUCUUCUCUCUGCUCUUCACGCCCUACCACGUGCUGCGCAACGUGCGGAUCGCCUCGCGCCUGGACGCCUGGCCUCAGGCUGGGUGCUCCCAGGAUGUCAUCCACAUGCUGUACAUUAUCUCAAGGCCCUUGGCCUUCCUCAACAGCGUCAUCAACCCUGUCUUCUACUUCCUCCUGGGGGACCACUUCCGGGACAUGCUGGUGGGCACGCUCAGGCAGCACUGUAAGUCUCUCGUGCCCUUCCGACGGUGA